AUGGGGUUUAAUUUUUCUUAUAUAUGCGACCUCCUUUCGAGCCUGGAUGCGAACCGCAUUAUAAAGGCUACGACUACAGGUAGAAGCAAGGACCCCGAUGUCACUACAGUUACAGCUUGGUUUCGUCUUCACGAGCAGAGAAUACAUGGCGGUGAUACCGACUAUUUGGCCCUACUCUCUUGUCUUUUUCCAGAAUUACGGCCAGAUCGCGUUUAUGGCUUCAAGGAACCGUCCCUAGUUAAAAUUAUAGGGCGUUGUUUGUUGCUUGGAACCUCUCGAUGGCAGGAGCUUGAAUGCUGGAAGGCUCCGGGGCGCGGAGAUCUUGGUGAAUGUGUUGAAAGGGUGAUGGGUGACGCUGAGAAUGAAUUAUUUCCUUGUCUGCCUGUUACUGUGGAGGAAAUAGAUGCUGCAUUGAAUAAAAUUGCUGCCAAAUGCCGCUUCUCUGCUCCGGAUGUGCGCCGCCAACGUACCGCCGUUCAGGUGGAUGAGGCUUUAAACCCAAUUUUCCGCCGAUUGAAUAGCCGUGAUGCAAAAUGGUUUACAAGGCUACUUCUUAGGGAAUAUACUCCGGUCGUUAUCCCGCAGCGAUUAGCCCUGCGGAAAUUUCACUUCAUGCUUCCGGCCUUUCUUUCAGUACAAAGCACUCUAAAGGGAGCUUUGGAGGCAAUGGAUCGUGGUCCAGUCAAGAAGUUUCCAUCCUGUCCUGAUGCUGAAUACGCUCGGACACUUAUGGAGCUUUCAAUUCCUCACCUUGCCCCCCAAAUUGGGAUAAAAGUUGGGAGACCGGAAUAUUAUAAGGCAAGGAAUCUCAGGCAUUGCUGCAGGAUGGCGGAUAAACGACUGAUGAGCAUUGAAAGGAAAUAUGACGGAGAGUAUUGCCAGAUACAUAUUGAUCUGGAAAAUGGGCCGCAGUAUAUCCGUAUUUUCUCCAAGAGUGGCAAAGACUCAACGGUGGAUAGAAAAGGUAUUCACGAGGCUAUUAGAGACUCGCUAAGAAUCCGCAGGCCUGGCUGCCGGUUCUCCAAACGAUGCAUAUUAGAAGGUGAACUGUUAGUAUGGAGCGACAUUAAGCAUGACAUUCUUCCGUUUCAUCACUUACGGAAACAUAUUAUGAGGGCAGGAGCUUUUAUUGGCACCGAAAAUGAUUCUCCACCAGAUCCUCGGGAACAUUUAUAUAUCGUAUUCUUUGACUUAUUACUUUUGGACGAUAUUGUCGCAUUAUCAAAGCCUUACCGAGAAAGAAGAGCGCUCCUCACUGAGGUGGUAAAUCCAAUACAUGGGCUUACUGGUAUUACCUCGCAAUUUAACGUAGAUUUCUCUAUGUCCGAUGCAUAUGAACAGUUGAAAGAGAACUUUGCCCUAGUCUCAGCCCAGAAAUGGGAAGGGCUUGUUUUAAAGGGGGCGGAUGAACCAUACUUUCGAACCUUCUCUCAAGAUACUCGUGAAUUUUCUUGUUGCUGGAUGAAGUUCAAGAAGGAGUCUAUUCCCGGCCUAGGAGACACUGCCGAUUUUGCCCUGAUAGGUGGAAGAUACGAUUCUCGGGAUGCUGUUUCUCUUGACCAUAUCAAAGGGCUAUCUUGGACUUCUUUCUUUAUUGGUUGCCUAGAUGAUGAUUUCGGAUCUCUUUCGCCAAAACCAGUCUUCCGUGUUGUUGAUAUCCUGGACAAACAAAACAUCAGCACCAAUUUAAUGCAAACUCUCAACCAAUUAGGGCAAUUCCAAGCGUGUGAUGCUGAUUCCGACGAUGUUCCAUUUUCUUUGCGAGUUGACCAAGUUCGAUUGCCGGAAAUCCAAACCACGUUCAGGGUUCCAUUUAUCGUAGAAAUGACUGGUUUUGGCUUUGAUAAACCCCAAGGUGCUCGAUAUUAUUCCCUUCGGUUUCCAAGAGUAGUGAAAAUCCACUUUGAUAGGGAAUAUGAGGCUGCCACCUCAUUCAGAGACUUACAAGAACUCGCACGCGUUGCUAACUCCGUUCCUGUGGAAGAACUGUCGCAGGAGGUUGCAGGGUUAGCUGAGAAACUCGACCCGAUUGAAAAGAAACCCCAAUAUAUUAUUGAUUAUUCCGAGAAUUCGGCUACCACUGUGACAACAUCAAGUGCUGCCACCUCAUCACAACAUUUCCCGGCUGUAAAUGAUCCAUUUGAUCUUUGUGGACCAAACCAAAUGGCUGCGACACAAUCGACUUAUCAUGCCUCUGGACAGAAGCACAUUUCUAUUUUCCCAGAUGCAACAGAAACCCCUGAUAUUUUAUCCAAUGAAAAAGGAUCAUCUAAUCGACACUUAGCCAUUAUAGCUAACCUAGCGGAGAAUAGACAAGCAGCAUCUCCUGUAAAUGAGUGUUCUUACGGUGAUACGGAUGUUGUCAAUAAAACGUCCUCUCCACAAAACAAGGAGCCCAAUGUUAGCUCCUUAUCAGACCGACUUUUGCCAGACCCAACCUUCCAACGAUCCCACUCCUUCCAGUCAUAUAAUUCCCAUAGCAGUGAAAAACCUUCACAGGAGCUCUUAUUAAAUAGAUCUGCCUCAGAUAUAUCUAGCCGCAGCUGCGGACCAAAUUCCAUGAAGGACUCUCCGCUUGUGAAAUUUCCCGUUUUUCUGGGGUCGUCGCUAUCUGAUACAACUAUGAGCCUACUGCGCCGUUAUAUACCGUCCUGCAGAUCGUCAAUUGCACCCUCUUCAAUUUCUCGUUGGCUGACUUCACUGGUACUUACGCAAGAUACCCCAUGCGCAUCAUCCCUCUAUGGUAUUGUGCUUGUGGACUCAAACAGCCGUCACUCAUUUAAAGUUGCAGCCGAACUGAGACAGAUUAGCACAGCUCUUGCCUCAUUACGGCAACACAAGAGGCUACCAGAUGUAGGCAGUAUUAUAUUUAUGCACUGGAAGGUUGUUAGACGAGAGUUUGCUGCAUCAAAAGCAGGUGAAGGAUUGGCUGAGCGGUGGCAGAGAUUUGGUAAGGAUGUCGUCGAUGUAUGCAUUAAAUGGGGACCUGAAGUGGCCCCUGAAUCUAGGAAUCAGCCAGACCAAAGGGUGCCUGUUGGUCCCUUAGAGUUGCAAGAUGAGAGGCCGCCUUAUAAUAUACGUUGUGGUAGAGACUGGACAGAGAUACUCCCUUUACUGCAAACGCAGCAUGUAUCAAGAGUUAUCGGGCAAAGGUCUUAG